UUUCUUCCGCAGCCGCCGCCGCCGCAGCUUCUAUUCUAAACCGUUCUAAACUUGACUCCCACUCACUCCUUUGAAGUAAACAUGAUUGAGUCGCCUCCCUGACACGACGGCCAUUAAGGCAUUGGUCUUUGUGAAGCGGCAAGAACGAAAUAGAAAAAUGAAGAUCAAUGACAAAAAUUUGUCCUAUUUCGCAUCAUCAGCAACUCCAGUUGAUAAAGAAGGGUGGUUAGUAAAGCGAGGAGAAAUUAACAAGGCAUAUCAAAAGCGAUGGUUUGUUUUGAAAGGCAACUUGCUUUUUUAUUUUGAGAAAAAAGGAGACAAGGAGCCUGUGGGGCUGGUUGUGCUGGAGGGCUGCACUAUUGAGCUUGCCGAAGAUGAUGAAUUGUAUGGAUUCAAGAUUGUAUUCCAUGGGCAGGGUAAUAGAUCUUACGCUCUUGCCUCAGACUCUCAGGAAUCUAUGGAACAAUGGAUGAAAGCCUUAGCUCAGGCUCCUUAUGAUUACAUGAAGUUAAUGGUAGCUGAGUUGCAGCGCCAGCUUGACCAAAUGGAUGAUUGCAGUCCUGUCCUUCCUCCAACUGAUGUUGUUGAGAUACGAAGAGGAGAUCCCAGUGACUCACCUCAACCUCCUCCUCGUCAGCGACAUAAUCCUUUCAAUCGCACUAAACCUGAAGGAGUACGGUCUGACUCUAUUCGAUCAGCACCUGGACGGACUGAUGCUGGAUCCCUAGUAACAUAUCGAGCGGAUUAUGUCAAAAGUGGUCAGAAAAGGUUGACAUUUCGUGAAUUACAUACUUUAUAUGGUCGCAGAGUUCUUAGUGAUAGAAAUGAGUGGCGACAUAGUAGGAGGCAAGAUUCUCUUAUUUAACUGAUCAUUCAAGUACAUCCUCUCUUGUUCUUUGAUUGGUAGAUCUGUUCCAAAUAUUUAUACUGCUCUGACAGUGUUUCAUCUGCAUUACCAAUCAUAUUUAAUUUCAUAAACAUCCUAAACUUAAGAAAACUUGUAAAUGUUUUAAUGAACAACACAACAAUAUGUCUCUGAUUGGCUGUGAUUGGAUUAAGUGUUAUUGAAUGUGACUAUUCGCUUUGUUUCUGUUUGGAAAGGAGAACAUAGACUUGAAUGAGAGACCCUCUGCUAUUCAUUGUGUAAUCCAAUCCUGCUCUUAGAAAUUAUCAUAUCAGCCUUGUAAGAAAUAAAUAACUGUGCAGGCUGAAUAAAUAUUAACAUUACGGUGUCAAGCCUGUUUUUAAAUGUAAUUCUUUAUUUUAAAUUUCUUUUUGUAAAUAUCUGCACAAACUUAGGUUUUUUUUAAUAUGGUGACAAUCAACUUGCAGAGUCAGUGUUUUAUUGACCGUUUUGGUGUAUUUUAAUUUGCAGAGGUGGGAUCUAGCAGUUAACCAUAUAGUUAUCUUGAGCAUAUGUAGCACAAUUGGUUAUCAAAAGUGCAUCUCAAUCUGCAGGCAGUUACGAGAGGUACUCCAUAUUUGUUUAUUUGAUUAGUUUUCACUCUCAUUCCAUUCCUUGGUGCUUAGACUUAAAGAGGUCAACCUUCCAAGUCAAUGAUUAAUUUGUCUCGAAAAGGUCUACGGUAAUUGUCUCGUAUUUCUUCCCUGAUUAAUUUUAAACAUUGUAUAUGAAUGGUUCUAAUAGUUCUCCUCCCAGUCAAGGAUGGCCUACAAGCCUUUUAGUUGUGAUAGGACGUCUGUACUCUUAUAGCUAUAUUUUUACUGUUGAAUUCUAUUAUGAAUGUUAUUUAAGUAUCCUGUAUCAAAAAUACAUAUGUUAAGUGAAGAAUAAAUGAAUUUACUGUUUCA